AUGAAUAAAUUAUUAUCUAUUUUCGUCGUCUUGGCUUUGGCUGUUGUCGUCGCCUCUGCUGUCAGACCAGCAGCAAAGAAAUGUGCCUGUAAAUUCCACACUGGUGAAACCAUUGAAAUUAUUUCAUACAAUGAACAAUCAUGUAAGGAAAGAUGUAAUAUGAUUGCCGAAACUACUACCCCAACUUGUGAUGUCACUACCUGCAAAUGUCAAUGUCCAAAGGCCCAAAGAGCUUGCUCAAAGGUUACUCCAACCACUGCUUCCUCUACCACCACUCACUCAACCUCAACUACUCAUGCUGCUAGCUCAACCACUCACGCCGCUUCUUCAUCUGCUGGUACUCAUGGUGGUGCUUCCUCCGCUGGAACUCACGGUGGUUCUUCCUCCGCUGGUACUCACGGUGGUGCUUCUGCUGGUGGUUCAUCUGCUGGUGGUUCAUCAUCCUCUGGUUCAACUUCCUCUGGUUGUUCAGGUUCAGGUGCUUGCACCGGUACCGGUUCAGGUAGCGCAACUUCAGCCUCCUCUUCUGGAUGUUCAGGUUCAGGUGCCUGCUCUGGUUCUGGAUCUGGAUCAGGUAGCGGUAGUGGAUCAUCAUCUGCCUCUGCUUCAGGUUCGGGAUCUGGUAGCGGUAGUGGAUCGGGUUCAGGUUCCGGUAGUGGAUCAGGAUCGGGUUCAGGAAUGGCUGUCUUUGAAGAACAAGCACCAGUUUGCAAGGGUACCAAGUGUCCAUGCGUCAACGAGCUUGUUGAAUUCGAAUUCCAAAAUUAA